AAACAAGGCCACCACAGUGUAUGAGAUUUAGGCAACAACCAGAAGUAAAUGAAGUGAAAAGCCGUUCUUUCUAAUACUUUCCUAUUAUGCUCGCGAAUCUAUUUGAGUUUCAAGGGACUUGACACUCUUUCCCUCUACCUGUACAGUUCUAUUACCGCCAUGCAUCUCAUAAAUUCCAUCCUGCUGUUCAUCUUCAUCUUUCCGUUUUCAUCAUUAGCUCGUUCUUGGAAGCCCGGAGAUGGAUGUCCCGAGAUUCUUGUGGCCACUGUUCCUGGGAACCGUUACCGAAGCGAACCACAAUUCGAUAGCAUGCAAUCCGUUCACUUGGCGCUAACAUCAUGCCCGAACAUCACAACCCUCGAUCUUCGCGUUACGUGGCUGGGGUGUAGCGAGGCGCCUGAUCGUUGGAACCUUCCCUUCAAACUGAAGGGCGGGGAUAAAUAUCCUCCACUUAAAUCUCUCCGCCUUGAAGGAUAUUACUUUGAUCAUCGAGAAUGGGAAGAUGCCGAGUUUAGGAACCAAGGAUUUGGAUAUCCUUCGUUUCUGGAAAAAUGGGGAUCCUGGAUUAGGACUGGAAAUAUCUGGAAGGCUGUUCAAUACAGUUUUAUGAAGCCUGAGCAAAAGAACAAGACUAACUUGGAUCUCUGGCUUGAUGCUAUGGAUUGGUCACAGCUGGAGAGUCUUGGGUUACGUGGUGGUCACCGGAGUAUGGAUGCAUUCGUGGAGAAAGUCGUACCUCGAUUGACUUCACUCUCGGGAUUGGACAUGAUUGACCAGGCCGGAAACACUACUCUUCAGAUCCUCAAGAGCCUCAACAAUAAUUCCCUAAAAAACCUUACUUGGAUUGGGACCUGGCCCUCUGAUGUGCUGCCAUCAAUUCUUUCACUUCAUGGAAAGUCUCUUCAGCACCUAGAGGUACGCUCCGAGGAAGAAAUGGACGUACCAACCCCAGUAUUCAACAAUUCACAACUCUCGCUCCUUUCUCGCUUAGCCCCUAACCUUACCCAUCUAAGCAUCAACAUCCACAGGAACGGAACUUGGCCCAUCGAAACCUUUAAUGCCAUUUCAGCCAUUCCCUCUCUUCGUACCGCAGAAAUUUGGCUUGAUAUAGUUUCUGAAUGUCGUCGUCAAUGGCCCGAGGAAUAUUCGAGACAGUAUGAGCAAUGGGUGAGGUUGAAUCAGAGCUGUUUGGGAGAAGACCAGUAUCAGAAACCAUUCGUGGAUGAGAAGUCAUCCCUGGAGUUGUUUAAGCAUAUGCGAGAGGAGAAAGUGGGGGAAAAAUUGAAAAGUGUGAAGUUUUGGGUUGGAGAUCAUUCAAGGAGCUGGGAUGGUCCCAUAUACCUCCCGACGUGGAUUGAGGGAAAGAGAGCUGAAGUGAUGUGCAGCGUCGAGAGCAAGAGGGACGACACAGAAUGGUGUGUUGGGAAGGGUAUGGGGUAUUGGGAGAGGUCAUCAGGUUUUUUAGACGACUAUGAAGAAUGAGAAUGUAU